AUGGCUGCCAACGAGAUUAUGACACCCACAGUCAAUGCGAAUUGUCAAUACUCGACCAGAUAUUGUUGGGAGGCGGAAAAAGUCAAAUCACUGAUCAGAUUGCGGGCGGAACUGUCGCCGUUGUUCACUGGCAAGCGAAAUGCCUCUAAAUAUGCCUGGGCCGUGGUGGAACGGGAGCUCAAUGUGCCGCUGCCGCUGUCGAAGAUCAUCAAGAAGUGGAACAAUCUGCUGCAGGAGUACAAGGCCAUCAAGAUGUCCGAGGAGCCAAAGCGGCGCGAGUGGCCCUUCUUCACCCUGAUGGACGUGUACUUCAGCGACCAGGUGAACGAUCCCUCACUGCGUCUCUUCUCGUCCACGAAGACGCUGAAGGAGACCCUCGACGACAGCGUCUUCGAGGAUGAUCCAAUCAUCGCCUCGGCCAUUGCGGCGGCCACCAGUGGCGCCUACAUGGACAUCGAUGAGCUCAUCCGGCGGCAGAAGGAGCGUGCCGCCCUGGCCGCCGAGCGGAAGUUGGCUGCCGCUGCCAGCGGAGGCGUUGGCGACUACAAAUUCGAGCUGAAGCCCAUGCUCUCGAACAGCAAGUUCAAUAGCAACAGCGAGAUGGCCAAGCUGUCCAAGAGCGUCGACGACCUCUCCAUGCAGCAGUACAAGAUCAAGCAAGAGCUAAUGCGCCAGCGGGAACAGGAGCAGCAGGAGAACAUGGUCAAGAUCAAGCAGCACGCACGCCAGCAGCAGCAGCAGCAACAGCAGCAUCACCAGCAGCAGCAGCAACACCACCAGGCCCAGCAGCAGCAGCGAUUCCUGGGCCACCAGCAGGCCCUGUCGCCGCAUCCACACCGUUUGUCGUCCUCCUCGACGCCGCCGGCCUUGCAGCAUGCGCUGCAGCAGCAGCAACAGCACAUGCUGCAGCAGCAUCAGCUGCAGCAACAGCUGCAACAGCAGCAGCACCAACAGCAGUUGCAGCAGCAGCAGCAACAGCACCACCAACUCGCUCAUCCCCACCAGCCGCACACACCGCGCCCCAGUACGCCACCCACCACGGCGCAGCAGAUCCACAUCACGGCCACCCAGCACCAGGCCGCCCAGCAGCAGCUCCACCAGCAGCAGCAGCCGUCGCACAAGCAGCAGCAGUCCUACGCCGAUCCCAACACCAUCGACCAGUACCUGUUGUCGUGGAACAACUUCCAUGGGAACAUGUGCCGCGGCUUCCACUCCCUGCAGAAGGACGAGAAGAUGGUGGACGUCACCAUCGCAGCCGGCGGCAAGAUUUUUAAGGCCCACAAACUGGUCCUGUCCGUUUGCAGUCCCUACUUCCAGCAGAUCUUCCUGGAGAACCCAUCGAGUCACCCCAUCCUGCUGAUGGCCGACGUGGAGGCCAGCCACAUGGCCGGUCUGCUGGACUUCAUGUACAGUGGCCAGGUGAACGUCAAGUACGAGGAUCUGCCCGUCUUCCUGAAGGUCGCCGAGGCCAUGAAAAUCAAGGGCCUGCACACAGAGAAGAACCUGGACAGCGAUGCCAGCGACAUAAGCUCGCCGCACGAGAGCGACGGCACCGAGUGCCGUUACGAGCGCGGAACGCACAGCGUGAACAUCACCAGCGGCCAUGCCGCCGGCUAUGGAGGAGUACCGCCCCCGCAGCAGUCCUCGCCGUCGCCCUCGCUCAAUGGACCCAACCGCUGCCCCACGCCCCUUUCCAGCGGUGGUUCCGGCAAUCCCAACUACGCCGGCUUCCGGGAGCACAUCAAGUCGAAGGCCACGCUGGCCGAGACCUUCAUGAAGAAUCUCAACAGGAACAACAACAACAACAGCAGCAGCAACAACUACAACCACCUGGGUGGCAGCAACGGCAGCCUCAACCUGACGGAGGCGGAGAGCAACUCCUUCGCCAUCCUGCAGGCGAACAGCAAGAAGAUGCUGGACUCGGCGCGCAAGCAGCACAAGUAUCUGGCCAAGCGCAAGAUCCUGAUGCACUACAACACGGAGCUGGGGGGCGAGAAGCGGCUGAAGGAGAUGGAGCGGGAUCGCUAUCCGAGUGCCGAGCAGCAUGACGACGCCUUGAACAACAACCACAGCCACGCCCAGGACAACGUUAUGGAGCCCAUCAUCACGACCAUUGUGCCACAGACGCCGCCGCCAUCCACGCACAACAACAACUUCAAGAUCCGCCUGGUGGAGAGCCAUCAUCUGACCAACAACAACAACAACAACCAGAAUCAGAACCAGAACCAGAGCAACAACCACAACACCAGCAGCAGCAGUCCGCAAUCGAGCAACUGCAACAACGACAACGACGAGGAGGCACUGAAUCUGGUCCAGAUACCCAAUGCCAACGGGGGCAGCAGGAACAGGGAGGCCACGCCCACAUGCGCGACUCCCACGCCCGACAUUCAGCUGAUCAAGCGGGAAGUGGAGACGGAACUGCCGCCGGCGGAGAACCUUAACAACAACAACGGACACGACGACGAGAUGGCUGGAGCAGGAUAUGAUCGCAAGUACGAUGACAACAACAACAACCGCGGAUUGGACAUGGAAACGGACUCGAACAACAACAACAGCAAGCCGGGAGGCGACAACAACAAUGGGAUAGCACUGGCGCUGGGCAAGCACAGGCUGCUGAGUGCGAUCCAUAGGAGCAUGGAGCAGGAGCACCCCGAUCAGGAUCAGCAGGACCAGGAGGCCGAUCACGGCGGGAACAACUGCAAUAGCGACGACAACAACAACAACAACAACAAUCACAGCCAGCACCUGGACCUGAGCACCAUCAAGAACAUAGCCACGGCGGAGAUCCUGUGCGGACUCAAGAGCAAGGUGCUCAAGCUGGAGGAGGAGCAGCGCGAGCGGGAGCGCGAAAGGGAGCGGGAACGGGAAGCCUGUCGCAGCCUCAGCGAGAUCAAGAAUGCGGAGUGA